GCGCUGCUCUUUUCCCUCCCCACUAAUAGGGCGUCGAGUUACCUCCGCGAGCGCUUUUCUCCCCUCAGUGGCGGCGGCGACCUCUCACCCCUGAGGCGGCGAUGGCGGGCCGGGGGCGAGUAAGCGGCUUCGUGCCGGGCCGGUUGCCGUUGUUGUUGUUAUCCUCGUCGUUGUUGUUAUCCUCGUCGUUGUUGUUAUCAUGGCGGCUGGCGGCGGAAGCGGCGCAUAUUAAGAAAGCGGAGGCCGCGGCCUCGACGGAGCCGUCCAUCGGCGUGGUGGCGGCGAUGCGCUACCUGGACGAAGCGGAGCUGGGGGCGUCGCUGCGGCGGCUGGCGGAGGAGGAGGCCCCGCACGGCUUGGCGCGGCUCUUCUCCAUCGGCCGCUCGGGCGAAGGGAGGCAGCUGUGGGUGCUGCGACUCAGCGCCGGCCUGCCGGAGCCCGCCGACGCCUCUGGCAGCAGCAGCAGCAGCCCCGGGGACCCGGUGGGCGGGCCUCUCAUCCCGGGCCGGCCUCAGGUGAAGCUGGUGGCCAACAUGCACGGCGACGAGACGCUGGGCAGGGCCCUGCUGGUGCGUCUGGCCCGAGAGCUGGUCUCCGGGUGGCUGCGCGGGGAGACCCGGGCGCGGCGCCUCCUCAACGGCACCGACCUCUAUCUCAUGCCCAGCCUCAACCCGGACGGCUUCGCUCGCGCCGCGGAGGGACAGUGCGACGGCGAUCAGGGCGCCUCCGGGCGCGAGAACGCCAGGGGCAAAGACCUCAACCGCAGCUUCCCGGACCAGUUCGGCGCCGCCCAGCCGGACCUGGCCGACGUCCCCGAAGUGCGCGCCCUCAUGGAGUGGAUGCGGCGCAACCGGUUUGUGCUCUCUGCGAACCUGCACGGGGGAACUGUUGUUGCAAGCUAUCCAUUUGACGACUCUGCUGUGCACCAGCGCUCUGGCGUGUAUAGCAAAUCUGCUGAUGACAAAGUCUUCCAGUACUUGGCAAAGGCUUACGCAUCAAACCAUCCAAUAAUGAAAACGGGCAGCCCAAACUGCCCUGGGGAGGAGAAGGAAACAUUCAAUGACGGCAUCACCAACGGGGCUCAGUGGUAUGAUGUGGAAGGUGGCAUGCAGGAUUAUAACUACUUGUGGGCCAACUGCUUUGAAAUCACCUUUGAGCUUUCCUGCUGCAAAUACCCACCGGCUUCACAGCUUGAGCAGGAAUGGGAGAAUAACCGGGAAUCUCUUCUCACCUUCAUUGAGAAAGUUCACAUUGGAAUCAAAGGGUUCGUGAGGGAUUCAGUGACGGGGGCUGGCUUGGAAAAUGCAACCAUUGCUGUGGCUGGGAUUGUGCACAACAUCACGGCUGACUGGUUUGGUGACUAUCACAGACUGCUGGUGCCUGGGACCUACAACGUCACAGCUGCUGUCGUGGGCUAUCUGCCAGUCACCAAAGAGAAUAUUGAAGUGAAGGAAGGGAAUGCAACUGUUGUGGACUUCUCCAUGCAACCUACCAUAGCGAUGCUGGCCACUGACCUGACCCAGGAUGCACCGGUAGCUGCCACAGAUCCCGUAACCAACACCACAAACACCACGGAGGCUGACAGGACAGCUUCCCCCCACCAGGUGAUCCAGCCGGAGGAAUUCCGUCAUCAUCACUUCCCUGACAUGGAGAUCUUCCUGAGGAAAUAUGCCACGGAGUAUCCAAAUAUUGCUCGCCUCUACUCAGUGGGCAAGUCAGUGAAGCAGCUGGAAUUGUAUGCAAUGGAGAUAUCUGAUAACCCGGGCAUCCAUGAAGCAGGUGAGCCAGAGUUCAAGUAUAUUGGGAAUAUGCAUGGCAACGAGGUGGUUGGAAGAGAGCUGCUCCUUAAUCUCAUCGAGUACCUCUGCAAGAACUAUGGCACUGAUCCUGAAGUAACUGAUUUGGUCCAAAAAACUCGGAUCCACAUCAUGCCGUCCAUGAAUCCUGAUGGCUAUGAAAAAGCCCACGAAGGAGACAGAUCGGGGAUUGUUGGCCGAAACAACAGCAACAACUAUGACCUGAAUCGCAACUUCCUGGAUCAGUUCUUCCCGGUCACUGACCCUCUGCAACCAGAGACCAUAGCUGUCAUGGGCUGGUUGAAGACCUACCCCUUUGUGCUCUCUGCAAAUUUCCAUGGAGGCUCUUUAGUGGUUAACUACCCCUACGAUGAUGACCAACAAGGAAUUGCAACAUACAGUAGAUCCCCUGAUGAUGCAGUCUUCCAACAAAUUGCUCUGUCCUAUGCCAAGGAAAAUGCACAGAUGUUCCAGGGUCACCCCUGUGAAGAGAUGUAUUCUGACGAGUACUUCCCCCACGGUAUCACUAAUGGAGCUCACUGGUAUAACGUCCCAGGUGGCAUGCAGGACUGGAAUUACUUGAACACAAAUUGCUUUGAAGUGACUAUUGAGCUGGGCUGUAUCAAAUACCCACAUGCUAAGGAGCUGCCAAAGUACUGGGAGCAGAAUCGCAGGUCUCUGCUGCAGUUCAUCAAGCAGGUCCAUCAAGGUGUCAAGGGGUUUGUGUUGGAUGCCACGGAUGGGCGGGGCAUCUUAAAUGCGACAAUCAGCGUUGCUGGCAUCGAUCACCCUGUCUCUACAUAUAUGAGCGGUGACUAUUGGCGCCUGUUGACCCAGGGGACAUACAAAAUUACAGCAUCUGCCCGAGGGUAUAAUUCAGAAACCAAGACAGUGAAAGUUGGAGAAAAAUCCGCCGUGCAGGUCAACUUUACUUUGACUCGCAAAGACUCCAAAAUGGAGGAGGGGGCAGCACCAGACCUCAGUGUGGUCGGCAUCGAUGGCCCAGUCACCAAGGAGUUUGAGACCUUGAUCAAAGACCUCUCAGCAGAGAACGGCUUGGAACGCCUCCUGCUCUCUUCCUCCGCAGAUGUCCAGCCUCAUCGCUACCGUUCCUACGAUGAACUCUCUCAGUCUCUUAGAGGCCUAAACUUGAAUUAUCGAGAGAUCACAAAUCUCUCUAGCUUGGGCCAAAGUGUUGAGUUCCGUCAUAUCUGGUCCCUGGAAAUCUCCAACAAGCCCAAAGAAUCUGAGCCAGAGGAGCCCAAGAUCCGUUUUGUGGCUGGCAUCCAUGGCAACGCCCCUGUUGGCACUGAGCUGCUCCUGGCCCUGGCAGAGUUCCUCUGCAUGAACUACAGAAAGAACCUGGCCAUUACACAGCUGAUUGACAAGACAAGGAUUGUGAUUGUGCCAUCCCUGAAUCCAGACGGGCGUGAGAUCGCUCAGGAGAGGGACUGUACAUCAAAGAUUGGUCUGACCAACAUUCAUGGCAAAGAUCUGGACACAGAUUUCACAAACAAUUCCUCUGGGGCAAGAGAACCAGAAACCAAGGCCAUCAUGGAGAACCUGAUACAGAAGCAAGACUUCAGCCUCUCUGUUGCCCUGGAUGGAGGAUCUCUGCUCGUCACCUACCCCUACGACAAGCCUGUGCAGACAGUGGAGAACAAAGAGACUCUGAGAUAUUUGGCAUCUCUGUAUGCAAACAACCACCCUACAAUGCACCUGGGGCAGCCUAACUGUCCAAACAAGUCAGAUGAGAACAUUCCUGGAGGGGUGUUGCUUGGGGCAGAAUGGAACACCCACCUGGGCAGCAUGAAGGAUUUCAGUCUUUCCCACGGGCACUGCCCAGAGAUUACGGUGUACACUGGCUGCUGUUACUUCCCCAGUGCGGGGCAGCUUCCUACCCUCUGGGCGGAGAACAAGAAAUCUCUUCUCAGCAUGCUGGUGGAGGUCCAUAAGGGAGUCUAUGGGUUUGUCCGUGACAGGCAUGGGCGGCCAGUGUCUAAAGCUCAAAUUGUAUUCAACGAAGGGGUGAAAGUCUACACCAAGGAAGGUGGUUAUUUCCAUGUGUUGCUGGCUCCUGGCUACCAUAAGAUCCAUGCUAUAGCCGAAGGCUAUCAACAGCAGCACGUCCAGGUCUUGGUUCGCCAUGACAUGGCUAGCUUUCUGCACGUACAGUUUGAUAUGGACAACAGGAUCUUUGGUCUCCCAAGGGAGUUGGUGGUUACAGUAGCAGGUGCUGCCAUGACAGCUCUGAUCCUGACAGCCUGCAUCAUCUGGUGCGUGUGUUCCAUCAAGUCCAACCGGCACAAGGACGGCUUCCAUCGCCUACGGCAACACCAGGACGACUACGAGGACGAGAUCCGCAUGAUGUCCACAGGCUCCAAGAAAUCCCUCCUGAGCCACGAGUUCCAGGACGAAACGGACACUGAGGAGGAGACACUCUACUCCAGCAAACACUGACCUGCCUGGUGGCAGGGAAGUUCCCUGCAGAGACAGAUCCUGUAACACUGAGCAUUUAUUUUCCUCAAGUAACAGACUUAACAGGUGGCCUCCCAAACCUUUGCUCUUGGCGUGUGCCAGUUCUGGUUUAUGCACAAGGAGGCAACUCCCUUCUCCUGCUGGCUACUCUUCCAGUCAAGAUUUGAACUGGAAGCUUGGUUGCUAGCAAGCCCACUCCAGCGAGGGCAUCGCCAGCACUUCAGCAGCCUCUUCCCUAAGCCCUUCCGAGAUGUAUCACUCCAUGCAAUUAUUUGUGGGAAAUUCACUGUAGCUGCCAAGAUCUUUGUCUAAGCUGCAGCAUUUGGAAUUCUUGGAACCUCUUUCUCUUCUGCCUGGGGCAGCCUCAGUGGGCAUUUGCAAGGGUCUUAGGAAACGGUGGUCUUUGUCACUUCUUGGAGGAAUUAAACUCUUCAUCCUCCUGCUGAGAAUGACUUCAGGUUAGGUUAUUUUGACAGAAGUCUGCUUUUUGGCUACCUGUGACUCCUAGCAAGACAGGAGCAUGGUAUCAUGAUGCAAGAAUCUCCUCCUCUCUGAUUAAGGCUGCAGUUCUUUGGAAAAAAUAAAAAUGUUUUGCUUUGGUUGAA